AUGAUUGUACCAGGAAUUUGGUGGUUAUCUUUUGUAUGUUUUUUAACUUUAGCGGGCAAUGUCCUUGUUAUAUUAGCUGUUUAUCGUGAAACAUCACUUCAUUCUCCAACAUAUUAUUAUAUUGUUUCAUUGGCUGUUGCCGAUCUUUGUGUUGGAGUUAUUGUUAUACCAUUAGCAAUAUUUUUUGAAUUAUCAACACCCACAUCUUAUCAUUUUUUAUGUCAUUUAUGGCAUAUAACUGAUGUUGGCGCAUCAACAGCAUCAAUUCUUGCUUUAUGUGUUAUUGCACUCGAUCGAUAUAUAGCAAUAACUUCACCUAUUCGAUAUCCAAGAUCAUUUAUAGCUCGACAUUCAUCAAUUGUUAUUGCUGUAAUAUGGUUUUGUUCAGCAAUUAUUGCUGGUCCAACAGUUAUUUUUUUAGGACGAAGAACAAAUUUAUUAGAAUCUGAUAUAAAUCUGUUAAAUAAAACAAUUGAUGAUCGAUGUGAAUUUCCUUCUGAUCCCGUAUUUAUAAUUGUAUCAUCAUCAGUAUCAUUUUAUAUUCCACUUGUAAUAAUGGUAUUUGUCUAUGGACGAAUAUUAAUAUUUGCUCGUAGACAAAUGACAGCAUUAAGACAAGGUUAUAAACGUACAACAAGUGGUGAAACAUAUCAAUCGUCUCCAAAAGUACCUCGAUUUUGUUUUCGUACAGGAAAAACUCGUAAUAGACCAGCAAUAAAAACAAUUGAAAAUAUAAAUGCAAUAUCAAAUACACCUGAAACAAUAACAUUAAGAAUACAUCGAGGAAAAUAUUGUCGAUCUCCAUCAUUACCACCAAUAAUACCAACUCAUCAUCGUGUUAGUCAUAGAUCAUUUCCCGUUAUUGUUUUACGUCGUUUACGUAAACUUCAUCAUAGUAAAAAUUGGUCACGAUUUUCAACUGAACAUAAAGCAACAAAAGUUUUAGGAGUUGUUAUGGGUGUAUUUAUUGCUUGUUGGUUUCCAUUUUUCUUUUUUCUUGUUCUUACAGGAGUAUUUAAUAUUCAUUUUAAAAAUUCACAAGAACAACUUUUUCGUCUUUUUACUUGGCUUGGUUAUACCAAUUCAGCUCUUAAUUUUCUUCUUUAUUCAUUAACAUCAAGAGAAUUUCGUUUAGCAUUUAUGAAACUUCUUUGUCCUCGUCGUUAUGUACAACGUUUAUUAAAACAACAUAAUCGUGCAAAACAACCACAAAGAGUUUAA